CCCCAGUACAAUGGGAAAACAAACUCAGAAAGCAGGGGGCGAGGAGACAAGUCACAGUGAGUCUAUAAACUGCUGAGCGGGAGGGAUUAGCAGCGCUCGGUGUAACCCGCUUGUCUUGUACCAGUUCCUGCUCUACCCUUACUCAACACUCGCGGCGCUGAAGAAGCGGUUCCGAUUAUAAACCUCGCACAAAAUCCAGAGGAGCGAAAAAAAACCCCUAAACUCCAAAGAAGCAGCGGGUAUGGGGGCUCAUGUGGAAAUGGUGCCUCUGCUCAUUAAAGCGCCGAACCAAAAGUACGAAGAUCAGAAAGUCGAGGCGGAUCCAGGCUGGACGGUGAAGAAUCUGAAAUCCUAUCUGAGAGAGAACUAUCCGAGUCACCCAACUGAAUCUGAGCAACGGCUGAUUUAUUCAGGAAAGCUGCUGCCUGACCAUCUUUUACUGAGAGACGUGCUACGUAAGAAUGACCAAUACCACACCCUUCACUUGGUCUGUAACUUGAGAAGUGAAGCUGAAUCUACCCAAGCAGCAAAUAUGAAGGAAGCAGCUGCACCUACAGCCUCUGGCCAGGAAACCCUCACUGUCCCCACGUCAGUAACUGCAGACAGCCUUCGGCACAGAGGAUCCAGCUCCUUCCCUUGGUUGUAUGGUGCCUGGCCAGCAGGAGAAGAGCUCCAGAGACCAGCAGGAAUGUCUGGUCUAGCAGCGUACAAUCUGUACAGCUCUCAGCAAAUAGUUUGGCUCCAGCAGAUGUAUGCAAGACAGUACUAUAUGCAGUACCAGGCUGCAAUUGCUGCUGCCGCUGCUGCCACUGACUCUCGGCAGCAUCCGGUGGUCGCCCCGGGGACACCUCCAGUGCUACCCAACCAACCCCCUCUGGUCAACCUUCCAGCAGAUCGGGACGCCCCCCUGCCUCAACUCAACAACCCGCCGGCCAACCAAAACCUCCGGAUGAAUGCUCAGGGGGGCCCGGUGAUGGACGACGAUGAUGAGUUGAACCGCGAUUGGCUGGACUGGCUGUACUUGGGUGCCCGGGCCUGCUUUUUCCUCAGCAUUGUCUACUUCUACUCAUCUCUAAGCCGUGUGGUGCUGGUAGCCAGUGCCAUUCUGCUGAUAUACCUGCAUCGUGCUGGUUGGUUCCUAUUUGGGCAUCCAGCACCAGUACAGCCAGCACCAAAUGCUGAAGUGCCAGCAGAGGAAGCCAAUCCAAACCGUGACCUUCAAGAGAAUCUGGAUUACCAAGAGAAUGUGCAAGGAGAGAGUGGGACACCAGAUCGAGAAGUUGGAGGAGAAAAUAACUCUGGAAGCGGUGAGAUCACAGAAGCCCCUGCGGCUCCAGAGGUUGAGAUGAAUAGAACGACACUUGCAAAUAAAGCCUGGGUGUUUUUCAAAACCUUCUUUGCGUCGUUGAUCCCUGAAGGUCCUCAGGUUGUGGCGAACUAAUUCCAAUUGCACACCGAACUGCUGUGCCUUUUUGUUGAAUUUUAUUUUUCGAGGGGAGAAAAAGUGCAAUCCUAGUUCAGUGUUUCCGGGCUUUGUGCAAAAAUGAAGUCACUGUUUCUGCUGCGACUGGGUCUCUAGAUGUGAUUCCAAAUGAAGCGCAGGGUAGUACAUGAUAUAAAAUGUAAAUUUUGUAAAUUAUUAGAGGAAAGAUAUUAUUAUAUAAUGUGCAAUUUAGGUUCUAGUGUGUGAAGCUGCAAAUUGGAUCACAGAGUGACUCCACAGUAUGUGACAGCAUCUUUAUAAUCUCUUUGUAACAACAGCUGUGGCCACCGACACUUUUAUCUUUGCAAAUAUGACUUAAUAUGAAAAAUGCUUAUUCCCUUUUAGUGCAAGUUUUAUGACAAACAUUUAUUGGAAAAGUAACUUGGUUAUUAUUUUUGCAAAAGUGUAAAUUUAGACUUCACGUUGCGUAACAAGCACAAUAAAAGCAAUUUUGAUGGAAA